UUUGUUCUGCUAAACUAAUGGCGGUUUAGAGAUUCUUUUCAUCUUUUUUAGUAAAACCCUAAUAAAUCCUUAAAAAUGGCGAUAUUUAGAGCCAUAUAUUCUUCUGCUAGGAAUUUCUCUUCUGCAACCGCCCGUUCAUUGCGUGUUUGUGUUGUCGGCAGCGGUCCUGCUGGUUUUUACACCGCCGAGAAGAUGCUGAAAGCACAUGAAGGAGCAGAAGUUGACAUCAUUGAUAGACUGCCGACCCCAUUUGGAUUGGUUCGUUCCGGAGUAGCACCAGAUCACCCUGAAACAAAGAUCGUAAUCAACCAAUUUUCCCGGGUUGCGCAUAAUGAACGGUGCUCAUUCUUUGGGAAUGUGUCUCUUGGGUCCUCCAUUUCUUUGUCCGAGCUCCGCCAAUUCUAUCAUGUGGUUGUGCUUGCUUAUGGUGCUGAAAGUGAUAGAGCUCUUGGUAUACCAGGAGAGGACUUGAAUGGUGUGCACUCCGCCAGAGAAUUUGUUUGGUGGUAUAAUGGGCACCCAGAUUUCAGCAACUUGGCACCAGACUUAAAGAGCACCGACACAGCCAUUGUUCUUGGCCAGGGUAAUGUGGCUCUUGAUGUUGCACGGAUUCUUUUAAAACCUCCUACAGAGUUGGCAAUAACUGAUAUUGCUAGCCAUGCUUUGGCUGCUCUCAAGGAAAGCUCCAUAAGGAAGGUUUACCUUGUUGGCAGACGUGGACCAGUACAAGCAGCUUGUACAGCGAAAGAGCUACGAGAAAUUCUUGCUAUCAAGGAUUUGUACGUGAACAUCAAGGAAACCGAUCUCCUAAAAACCUCUGCAGAUGAGGAAGAAAUGAAGACCAAUCGCAUACGGAGGAGGGUCUUUGAGUUGUUAUCCAAGGCAUCCUCAUCAAGUGCAUCCCGUCCAAGUCCAGGUCAACGCGAGCUGCACUUCACUUUCUUCCAGAAGCCUGAGAAGUUUCUAGAAUCAAAUGACCAAAGUGGCCAUAUUGGCGGGGUGAAUUUUGAGAAGACAAUACUAAAAGGAAGUGCUAGCUCUGGAAAUCAGAUUGCAGCAGGUACAGGAGAGUAUGAGGAUCUGGAAUGCGGAUUGGUACUGAAGAGCAUAGGUUACAAAUCUGUACCAGUUGAUGGUCUACCUUUUGAUCAUUCCAAAGGUGUGGUCCCAAAUAUAAGAGGGCGUGUUCUAUCUUCUUCUCGUUUUGCUCAACCUGAGGGUGGCUUGUAUGUAUGUGGGUGGUUAAAGAGAGGGCCAACUGGAAUAAUUGGUACAAACCUUUAUGAUGCAGAAGAAACUGUGGCGAGCAUCUCUGACGACAUUGAAAAAAGAGAGAGAAUAUCUACAUCAACAAAGCAAGGCAGAGAGGGGCUUCUUCAAUUGCUUGAAAGCAGGAAAAUUCAAGUCAUUACAUUCAGUGAUUGGGAAAAGAUAGAUUCUGAAGAGAAGAGGCGUGGCAGUUUAAUCAGGAAACCUCGAGAAAAGUUAACAACCUGGAAAGAUCUAUUAGAAGUAGCCACUAGAUGAUUCAAAAUUGCACGGUUUUUUAUAUUGUAACAUGAGUAUUACAUGAUUUGAACACAUUAAGAAGAAAUACAUGCUGUAAUUGGAAUACCAUUGUCAAAUCCAUUAUCCAAUCCAAUUUCUUAGAAGUAGCAACAAGAUGAAGCAAAAUUACACAAUUCUUUGUAUUCUAACAUGAAUAUUACAUAAUUUGAACUUUUUAGCAGAAAUGCUGAAAUUGGAAUGCCAUUGUUAAAUCUA